UUAAUUUUGCGCUUAUUACUCAAGACAGCGCGAGAGACGCUAACUGGAUCAUCAACAAGUGUCACGCGCAUGUGUCAUAUUAUAAAAUGUCUCGGGCUGGCGUUCACGCGAACCGUCGCGCAAAAGAAAGAGAGAGAUGUGUAAUCGAUAUACAAGGGACCAAGUCAGCGGUUUUUCAGUCGCGCGCAGCUCUUUUAUUAUAUUGAGUGCUAAUUUCGCUCACUUAUAAUGCUGAUGACACCGAUGACCUAAUAAAAUUUUACGUCUCAAACAUCAUUGCGCUAAUAAAAUCAAGUCCGAGAGAUCGGCUUGAAUCGUUCCUCGAGAUACUCGAGUUGAAUAUCAUAGUCGAUUGUUCCUUACCGUUGCACUGCCAUUUCGAUCUUUCAAGGAGCUUCGAAAAAAUUAAUAACGAAUAUAAAGUGCAAAAAUGUCAUUCGAUCGAUAACGCAAGAUGUAGGACGCGACAUUUUUCGGCGACAGCUCGAAUUACUGAUGACGGCUCGUUUUGACUUAUUGCGCUCGAUAUAUAAAGCCGGCAAAAAUCGGCAUUAAUUUCGCAUUGUCGGACUCGUCGAACUCGCAUUGAUACAUAUAGUCAACUUUAGCCAUGCUCAGGAUCGAUUGAUUCACGAGUUUUCUUCUCUCGACAAAAAUCGCGCAUUAUCUCUCGCUCGAUUCUUUUUUUUUUCGACGCAUCUCUCAUUAGAAGCGAUUGGCAAUGGCGUUUUCCGUAAUCGCAACGUUUUUUACGAUAGUAUUAAUAUCAGUAGGCUGCGGUCUGGCAGCGCCCGAGGACUCGGCGACGAAAUUCACCAAGGACGAUCGCGACCUGCUGAGGCGAAUCUCCCGAAUGAUCGAGGACACGUCGUCGUCUGCGUCGUCGAGCAAUUCCAUCCUGGGCAUACCGCUGACGCGCGAGCAAUGGGAGAUGGAGCGCACCGAGAGGAUAAACCGCGGCUUCGAGAAGAUGAUACAGUUGGUCAGUGUGCUGGGUCAAGUCGAUAGCUUUAUCACUGACCGAACAAAGAGCCUCGUGCGGAAGCUCAACGCUGUUUACGAUGUCGACGAGCGAGAAAGAUCGAGAAGGAACAGUCUGCAUUGAGCAUUCUCGCAUAUGAAACAAGACGAAUUGUAUAAAAUAUUUUCAGACUAUUGUAAUUUCCGAUGAUUAUGUAUUUGUUUGUUUGUCUUAUAUGAGAUAGCGUAAGAAAAUUUUCCCGUAUGAAUUGCAAAUUUUAUCGUGCAUAGUAGCGUGUAUUAAGAUUUGUAACAAUAAU